CCCUUCAUUUGCAUGGCCCCGCCCCCGGACGCGGUCAGCGCUGGCGCCGCAGGAAAAGUUUGCGGCGGGGCCGGGCCGGGAUGGACGCGCUCAAGUCCGCGGGCCGGGCCCUGCUGAGGAGCCCCAGCGUGCACAAACCGUCCUGGGCCGGCGGGCGGCACAAGAAGCUGCCUGAGAACUGGACAGACACGAGGGAGACGCUGCUGGAGGGGAUGCUCUUCAGCCUCAAGUACCUGGGCAUGACCCUGGUGGAGCAGCCCAAGGGAGAGGAGCUCUCUGCAGCCGCUGUCAAAAGGAUCGUGGCCACCGCAAAGGCAAGCGGGAAGAAGCUGCAGAAGGUGACCCUGAAAGUGUCCCCCCGGGGGAUUGUGCUCAGGGACAGCAGGACCAACGAGCUCAUCGAGAACAUCUCCAUUUACAGGAUCUCCUACUGCACAGCAGACAAGGCCCACGACAAAGUGUUUGCCUACAUAGCCCAGAGCCAGCAGAGUGAGAGCCUGGAGUGCCACGCCUUCCUGUGCCCCAAGAGGAAAAUGGCCCAGGCUGUCACCCUGACCGUGGCCCAGGCUUUCAGGCUGGCCUUUGAGUUCUGGCAGGCAGCCAAGGAAGAGAAGGAGAAGAGGGAAAGGUCCAUCCUGGCAGCAGAAGGGACGAGCAGCCCCAGCUCAGGAGCUCCUGCCCACCCUGUCACAGCAGCAGCCCUGGGGAACCUCCUGGACCUGGAGGAGCCUGGCAGGUCCCCCCUGGGCAGCAGCACCGAGUGCCCAGGGCUGGACAACAGCAGCUUUGGGCCCAGCCCCUCGGUGAACAACAACGUGGAGUGGGAGAUGGAUGAUGGUCUGGACGAGGCGUUCUCAAGGCUGGCCCAGUCCAGGACCAACCCUCAGGAUCUGGACACGGGGCUGUCGGCCCAGGAGCUGCAGAGUGCCCAGGCUCUGUCCCCCGUGCACUGGAGCCAGCUGGAGCCCAGCCCAGCUGAGCAGGACGAUCUCUUCAUGUUCUGAGGGCAGAGAAGAC